AUGCGGCCGAGCGUGCCUCUCCUCUGCGUUUGCUUCUAUGCGCUAUUGUCAAGUGGAACGUCGAGUGGCGACGACGAUAGACGAUGGCUCGUCUCUUUACUCGAUCUUGUAGAAUUGGAAUAUCAGGACCAAUGCGAUCAGAGAGCGACAGCCACAUGGGAGGAAUUAUUAGGUAGCGGGACUGGAUUGUCAUUAAAGUUGGAACGGGACAAAGCCUUUGGUAUAUUUGUACGUAAGCAGAAAACUGAUGUCGCAAGCGCGUCUACGGGACACGCGUUAGGCUCUAAUGACGACACAUUACGUCGUCGCGUCAAGCUAAUCCUACAGCCGGGUGACGCUUUGCUGGACACCCAAAAUUGGAUACGGCUAGUGACAUUCGCCGAAACAGCGCUACAUAGAAUGCGCUGGGCAAAGGAUUACGACUGUGGGUCCAACACUACAUGCACAUUGCGAGAGUUACAUAAUAGUAUGGCAAGGGGUCAAGAUGAAGAGGCUCUACGUCACAUGAAGCAAUCGUGGGAGAAUCACUUGCCAGAUUUGCAUGAAUAUCUCGAAACCAUUCUGCCGUUACUAAGGAAUGCAACUAAAGAAAAUCAUCACACAUUAAUAGAGGAUUAUUGGGAUGAAUUAUGUGAACAAGAGGGUGCUCUAUUAAUGGCGCGUGAACUAUGGCAGCGUGUGAAGCCAUUGUAUUUAAAGCUGCACAAGUAUACAGCGUUGCGAUUGCGCGGGGUAGCCGAAGUUGGAAAACCGCUACCAGUUCAUUUAUUGAGAUCCCUCAAAGGAGACGAUUGGUCGAACGUAAUAGAAAGUCUACUACCAAAACAUCCGGAUAUAUAUCAAAAAGUUCACGCCAAUUUGCAAUUAAAGGAUAUUGGAGGAUUAAACGCUUUUAAAGCGGCAAAUAAAUUGAUAAACAAUUUAAAUUUAGGGGAAAUCCCUCAUGAUAUUUUCGAUCAAUCGGCAUUUAAUGGGACCUGUCCACCCACAAUAGUAGAUUGGUGUCAACCCAAUAAAGUCAAAUUUAUAUCUUGUCAUGACGUAUCGAUACCCAAUUAUAUGGACGCGCACGAAACCGUUAUGAAGAUUAGAUUUAAACUUAUAACAGCUUUACAUAGCAAUAAUACGUAUAUACUGAGAGAAGCGCCGCGGUUUUCUGCAAUAUACGAAGCAGUACCGGGAUUUAUAUCUCUAUUAUCAUUGAACCCCCAUACAUUGAAUCGAAGUGGAUUGUAUCCGUUGGACAGAUUCAAGUACAAUCCAAACCAUCAUAGGCUCAUAUUGCAGCUUAUUAUCGCUUUAAGAGAUCUACCCAAGUUAAAUUAUUAUAUAGCAGCGGACACGUGGAGGUUAGACGUAUUAAUGGGAAAGAUUCCUUACGCCAAAAUAGAGGAGAGUUGGAAGGAGUUUAGAAGUAAUUUUUCUAUGCUUGAAUCUUCUCAUGUGGAUAUUUUAGGAGAUCCUUACAUUUUGUUAAACAAACCUUAUACAGGAAAAUUCAUGGGUCUCAUAUUAAAGUACCAAAUCUAUCAGUCGUUUGCUGAAGAAUUGAUCUCGGAUGACUCAGAUUUGAUCCAACACGUGUCUGAAAAUAAUCAACGGUUGAUGGACGCUAUGAUGCAAGGAUUUGGUGCGCCAUGGCCUGAACUAAUAAGCGAUUUGUUGGCAAAACGCGAAAACAACUUAGACGAUACCGCUCUAACCGAUUAUUUCAGAUUACUAGACGAAUAUCUCGAUAACCAAUUAGACCCUUCAAGCGAAACAAUAAUCGAUGAUUAUAUCGAACCACCAAUCGAAGUUGAAAUCGAUAACGACAUUCCAGAAGAAACUAAAGAAAACGAUACACACGAAGAUAUACAAGAAAACGUAAUAGAAACAGAUGAAGAUAAGCAUUCGAAGGAUGAGAAAGAUGAGAAAGAUGAAACGUCGUCUGUAGGCGUUCUAGAAAUAAAGAACCCAGUACCUAUAGAUAAUGAAAAAGAAAAUCCUAAAGAGGCCUCAUAUAAUAUGUAUUGGUGGAUCGGUAUAGUUAUCGCGUUAGCGGUUGUCGUUAUUUUAGUAGCGAUAAUCGCCAGAAAACGUCAAAAUCAUAGAAAACAAUUGGAAAGACAAAGAAGGCAGAACACGUGCGCC